UUUAACUUCACUCGAUGUUUACUGGUUGUCAAGUUACUUCUGACGAAUCUGUAAACUUUUAUUAAGCUGAAUUAUAAUCUUGUUUCUUUUACUUUUUAUAUCGAACCGUUGUUUUCCUUUUAGACGAAGAAAAUAGCGAAGAAGUUAAAUUCAACCGGCAGCGUUUUGUUCUAUCACCAAGCAGUCUCGUCCUGACUCCCAUCAUUAUAGUUAAGAUGACCAGUAAUUCAAAUGACGAAUAUCUGAUGAAAUUUCUCAACACAGAAUUAAAAGAACUUAAUCAACAUCAUAUUGAUCAUAUUGCUCUUAGGCUGAAAGAGAAUAAUUUAUUUAACGAUCAUGACUGGUUAGAAAAAUCAAAACUGUUAACAGAAGGAUCUUCAAAAUAUAGCAGAUUUUUUUGGAAACUAUUCUGUCUCUUACGUGACCCAAAAACUGCUAAAUCAACUUUUGAUACUAUAGUGAAUUCUUUGCAUGACUGUGAGCUAUGGGUAGCUCACAAUUUAGAAUUUGCUGAUAGCACAUGCAACAGAAUGAAAAAUAAUAUGGAGAUUCUUGACGCUAAACAGAACAUUGUUGCUAAAAUUGAGUUAGAUGGGACCCAGAAACUGUUCAUAAAGCCAAUGAGUCCUGAGUUGAUUAACCAAACGCAAACUGAUUUAUCCCAAAUUAAGAGAGAACUUUUCUUUUUUAAAGCGACAAAUUGAAUAUAUUGUGACAGGAUUACCAAAUAAUAUAAACGGAAAACAAAAGCAUGAAAAAAAAUUGUGAUAAAAUGUGUUUUUCUCUCACAGUUGUUAUUAAAUCUUUUUAAUGUUU